GUGCAUAAAAGGCAUAGAGGCAGCAAGGAGUGAAAGAGAGAGCUCCAUCGGCAGCGCAACGAAAGUGAGCGAGAAGCAGAAAUUGUUAGUGCUUAUAAGGAUAUGUGAGAAGGGAGAGUGAGACAGUAAGAAAGAACGGAAGAAGCAGCAGCGACGCCGACCGACAACAACUGUAAUUUUCCAUUAAUUUUUGGGCGGGUUUUGUGCUGCACAAUAAUACAACUGGCAUAAUAUAACUUGGCUUAUUUUUUAUAACCAACAUGUGUAUUUUGUUCACGUUUUGCUGCGUGUGUAGGUGUGAGUAUAUGUAUGUGUGAUAAACUUGAAAUACAACGCAAUCGCAACGAGAACCAAAACUUGUCAAGCACUUGAAUGCUGACAGCAUUCAAAGAGGUUUAGUCCCGGCAGCGACUUUAAUUAAUUUUUCCCUGUGGAGCACAAAGAUCACAUCGGAUCUAUAUAGAGUCACGUCUAUAUAUUCAGACCACCAGGACGCAGAGGAUAGAGGUGAAAGGACGAAGCGAAGGAGAGACGCGCGCCCCCCUCGUUUCCCGCCCAGCCAACAGCCGUGUGAACCCGUCUUGAAUGGAUCCAUUUGUUGGCUGGUUUCAGAAGGAACAGGAGGGACCAUCGCUGUGCACAUGGUUAAAGAUUUGGGAGACGAAUGCCCAAGAGAUGGGCGCAUUGCUUAAUCAACAGCUACAGCAGGCGACGACGAUCAACGGGAGCACGAGCAGCAGCAGCAGCAGCAGCAAUAGUGGUAACAACAACAACAACAACAACAAUAACAUCAUCAAUAACACUAUCACCAACACGACCAAUAACACUGGUAACAAUUCAUCGGCCAAACCCUACUUAUCGCGACCCUACAGCUCGCUAAAUCGGGUGCUCAAUUUCCGAGCGGAUUCCCUGGAGAUCCUGCAGCAGCAACAACAACAGCAGCAGCUCAACGGGACCACUCAGCGCAACAGCACCAACAUCAAUACCACAAGCGGCGGCAGCACUAGCUCGUCGGCAGAUUCCACCACGAAUCGGGACAAUAACUCACCCGCCAAUAGCAGUUCAACCAACGGACCCGGAGCAGGAACGGGAACGUCAACAGGAGCAGGAGGUACCGGUACAAAUAGUCCGGCGACGACAGCGUCAAGCACAGCUGCGACCACGACUGGUCCAGCCACUAGUAUGAGCGACACCAGCAACAACCCGCCACAAUCAACGACCACGCCCGCCAGCCGCACGAACAGCAUCUACUACAAUCCAUCGCGGAAGAAACGACCGGAGAACAAGGCUGGCGGAGCCCACUACUAUAUGAACAACCAUAUGGAGAUGAUCGCCAAGUACAAGGGCGAACCGUGGCGCAAGCCGGACUAUCCGUAUGGCGAGGGCGUUAUCGGGCUGCACGAGGAGAUCGAGCAUUUCUAUCAGUACGUCCUGCCCACGCCCUGCGAACACGCCAUCCGCAACGAGGUGGUCAAGCGUAUCGAGGCCGUUGUCCAUUCCAUCUGGCCACAGGCAGUAGUCGAGAUCUUUGGCUCCUUUCGCACUGGCCUCUUUUUGCCCACCUCCGACAUAGAUCUCGUUGUGUUAGGUUUGUGGGAGAAGCUGCCGCUGAGAACGCUGGAGUUCGAGCUAGUGAGCCGUGGUAUCGCCGAGGCUUGUACGGUGCGUGUUCUGGACAAGGCAUCAGUGCCCAUCAUCAAGCUGACGGACCGGGAAACGCAAGUGAAGGUAGACAUAUCGUUCAACAUGCAGAGUGGUGUUCAGUCGGCGGAGCUGAUUAAGAAGUUUAAGCGCGACUAUCCAGUGCUGGAGAAGCUAGUGCUUGUGCUGAAGCAGUUCUUACUACUUCGCGAUCUCAACGAGGUGUUCACGGGCGGCAUCUCCUCCUACUCGCUGAUCCUUAUGUGCAUCAGCUUCCUGCAGAUGCAUCCGCGCGGUAUCUACCACGAUACAGCCAAUCUGGGGGUGCUUCUCCUCGAGUUCUUCGAACUUUAUGGACGUCGCUUCAACUACAUGAAGAUCGGCAUCUCCAUAAAGAACGGUGGCCGCUACAUGCCCAAGGAUGAGCUGCAGCGUGACAUGGUCGAUGGCCAUCGACCCUCGCUCCUGUGCAUCGAGGAUCCGCUGACGCCAGGCAAUGAUAUCGGUCGAAGCAGCUACGGCGUCUUCCAGGUGCAACAGGCAUUCAAGUGCGCCUACCGCGUGCUCGCCCUUGCCGUCAGUCCGCUCAACCUUCUCGGCAUCGAUCCGCGCGUCAACUCGAUACUGGGUCGAAUCAUUCACAUCACCGACGACGUGAUCGAUUAUCGCGAAUGGAUCCGCGAGAACUUCGAACAUCUGGUGGUGGUGGAUCGUAUCUCGCCGCUGCCCACUGCCGCUCCCACUGCGUACGCCACCGCCAAUGGGGCGCCAAAAUAUGUGAUUAUGCCCUCGGGCGCCGUUGUCCAGCAGCUGUACCAUCAUCCGGUGCAGGUGCCCACCGCUCACGGGCACAGCCAUGCGCACAGCCACAGUCACGGGCACGCGCAUCCUGGCGCCCAUCUGUGCCAGCCGUAUGUGACCGGGACCACUGUAUCUGCUGUAACGACGACUACAACGAUGGCGGUGGUGACCGUGGGCGUGUCAGCCGGCGGAGUCCAACAGCAGCAACAGCAACAGAAUGCGACGGCCCAUACCCACUCGCAACAGCAGACACAGAACCAAUCGCAGUCGCGCCAUAGACGCGGCAGCACCUCGUCGGGCGAUGACUCCGAGGAUAGCAAGGACGGCGAUGUUGUCGAGACGACGUCGAGUGCUCAGGAGGUCGUUGACAUCGCGCUAUCGACGCCAAAUGGCCUGGCCAACAUGUCCAUGCCCAUGCCAGUGCAUGCUGUCGGAAUGCCUGCGUCGAACAGUUGGAGCGGUAAUGGCAAUGGAAACGGAAACAGCAGCUCAUCCACGGGCUCGUCGCCGGAAAUCGCACACAUCGCUGCCCAGGAAAUGGACCCCGAGCUUGAGGAUCAACAGCAACAACAGCAGCACCAAGAGACUUCUGGAGGUAAUGGCUUCAUCCGACCGGGUGACGUCGGCACCGGUUCCAACAGGGGAGGCGGUGACGGCAGUGGCGGCCGCAAUUACAACCAGCGGAACAACCACAACUCCAGCGGCUACUACCACCAGCAGUACUACGUGCCACCGCCGAUGCAACAGCAGCUGAGCAAGUCCAACUCCUCCUCCAACUAUCACCAGCAACACCAUCACAGCCACAGCCAUGGCAAUCAUAGUCACCGACAACAGCAUCACCACCAGCAGCAGCACCACCACCAGCAGCGGCCGCAGCAUCUGCGUGUGGGCGGCGGCAAUCGAUACCAGAAAUCGUUGGGCGGAUCGCCCAUCAUCAGUGCUGGCAAUGCGUCGAACAGCAGCAGUAAUUGCAGCAACAGCAGCAGCAGCAGCGGCAGCAACAACAGCCGACUGCCGCCGCUAAGGGGCACGCUGGUCAACUCAUCGUCAGCAAUAUCAAUCAUUUCCAUAUCCUCAGAAUCAUCCAUUGCUAGCAGCAGCUCCAGUUCGUCAAGAUCCGGUCAGGAUCAGCAGCGUGACGAGCGAUAGGAAUAGGAUGUAGGAAGAUAUUGUGUAUGUCUAUGACACAGAGAGAAAGAGAGUGCGACACAGAGGGACAGAGAAUGAGAGAGAAAGAGAUAGUUACGGUGUUAGCAAUAUUUAUGGGUUACAUUUCUUUCUCAGGUUAAUUGUAAACUACGCUGCAUUUUUCUAAUAAAUAUCAUUGACCCCCCCGCCCCCCCGCCUCUACCUAAUCCGAAAGCAUCUCCUCAACCAAUGUAACUGCGAUCAGAUUUUCUUUUACACUGCUGUCUUGCUUAAAUUGGGAGAGCGACGCAGACCUACUAAGCCUAGUGUUAGGAACUUUGCCUCUGAUCGCGCUAAAUGUAUUUCAGUUUGUUUCUAAAAUAAACAUGAAAGCAAAGAAUAUAUAUAUAUAUAUAUAUAUAUAUUUAUAUAUAUAGAUAUAUAUUAAAUUAAAUUAAAUUGUACCAUAAGCAUAACUGUUAGCUCAUAAGUAGAUUGUAAGGGUUUAAAAGAUCGAUAAACUGAAGUAUGAAAUUAUGCUAAUCUCUUUUCCCAUACCCCCCCCCCCCCCUUUUUAUCCAUCAUCAUGCGCAUUCAAGCUUCUAAAGUAUUUUGUAGUUUCUGAAAUGCUCUCCGUCUAGUGCAAUGGUAAACAUUUUUGCAAACGUAACUAAUUCCCUAUCCACCCCAUUUCCUGCCAUACAAAAAAAAAAAAAAAAUUCAAAAAACGGAAAUCACGCGCGCAAAAUGUUACGCUAAUAUUACUAAGUGAAUUUGCGCGCAAAAUGUAAAAAAAAGCAACAUAACCGCUAAUGCAAUUGAAAAUUACCAUUUUCCAAAGAAAUAAUAGAAAUGCGCAAUGACCCUUGUAACUUCCAAAAACUCGUUUAAUUAUAUUAUUCCGAGUUAGUUUUAUGCCUAAAAUGUAAAUGUUUUUAUGAUACCACUAUUACUAUUAUGAUUAAGCCUAUAUUUGAAGCCUAUACUUAGUUUUAAUUAUUAUUAUUAUAAUUAAGGUAAAAAAAAUUGUGAGCCUACUUAAAUUGUUCGAACACAUUGUCCAACCCCAAAGCAAUUGUGUUUUAAAGCUAAAACAAAAAAAAAAAAACAAAAAAACAAAACAAAGAAACAAAACAAAACGACAAAAAAAGCAAAAAAAACCUACAACGCAUCUUUUGUUUAAACUUAUUUAUGAUUAAUUGACUAUUAUGAUUAUGCAAUGUUGUGCAUUUUGCAUAGAUUCCUGCCAUUUGUUUGUAUAGUUGUUCACAAAUCUCUGUAAAUACUUAGUUACCGCCCAUCCCCCUGUGACGCACCGCCACGCCUCCCGCCCCACCCACCACGCCCCUUCUAAACGCACUGCCAUUUUGAGAAAGGUUUUUAAAAAACACGUCGAAAAGGAGCUAGCAGAAGAGUAGAAAAGAAGAUUUAGACUUUGUACAUGUAUAACAUUUUAGGCUGUUCUUCUUUUUCCAUUUGUAAGAGACAAAGAAACAAAGAAAGCAAAACAAAAAAAAAGCCCAAACCAGAAACAUAAACCCAACUAAUUGUAAAGUCACCUAAAUAGUCUACGAACAUGUUUGUCAAUCGAGUCGCGAACAUAGAGCUCUGUAAUACUAGGCGGCAACAUUUAAAAUUUCAUUCUGAAAGUGCAACAUUUCUGAUUCUUGGAGAUUGUAAAUGACAUACACAAAAAAAAAAAAACGCGGCUUUAAAUGUACAUCAAAACAUGUUGCAAUACUUGAAUAUGGAUUUCUCUGUUGUAUGGUGUGAUAGCACAAUUUUUGUUUGCAUCAUUUAUGUAUAGUUCUGUAAUGUCUAAUGUCUUAAUAUUUAACUUCUAUUAUAGUUUCUCAUUUGGCUUUCCUUUCGAUCAUAUGUAUGUAUUUGUGAACUGUUGCGACAUUAAGCUUGUUUGUGAAUCGUGAGCUAAGAGUUCAUAGUAUUGAAUCUGAAGUAUCGACCUUGAGUGGUUCAAAACCUAAAGUUAAUUUUUUAAUUUUCGAAAUGUGUGUGAAAGAGAAACGUCAUUUAGGACCCUCGAUAUUUCAGAAAAAUCGAGAUUAGGUUCAAUAUCUUUUUUUUUUCUGUUGCCUAGUGUGAAUUAAAGCGAUGUUCAAUGUUGACAAAGGCCGAAGGUGCGCUCUCCCUUUCGCACGACGACUCCUACAAGCUGGCAGCUUUGAAGCCCACCUUACACAUACACACUUUCUCACUCACAUCACAAACACACACAAGCGCAAAGGCUCCCCCCACACAGAUACCCGAACAGAGAGGGACACUUAACGAUAAAGUUAGCAUAGAAAGUUGGGGAAGACGGGGCAAUGAGCCGUUAGUAAGAAUGAGAAAGCGGUUGCGAUAGAGCGAGAUAAAGUAAUAAGGAACGAAAUAGAGAGCGAGCGAGAGUAACAUAUAAGAAUUAUUAAAUUUAUGCACUCGUCUGUUGAAUAUUUAUAUGAAUUAUAUGUAUGUAGUUACUAAUAUUAACUAAUUGAUAAAUAUACAAUAUUUAUAUGCAUAACUUGUGGAUUAAUGUGAACAAACAAAUGUUUAGAAUUAGCAAUCUAGCCACGUAAGACUCGUAAAUGGUAAAUCGUAAAUCGACAACUACUUAGACUACAUAACUGUGUACCAGAGCAUAUGUAAGCACAUAAGCACUCCCACACACACACACACGAAUACACCACUACAUGCAUACUCGCUAUGAAUGUUGAGAUUAUGUCGUAGAUUUUUUCAAUAUCGAUCACGUUUUCGCCUAGCCUAGCAAGUAAGCCGCAGAUCUAACUGUAAAACUAACCCAUUUCCCCACUGGAUUCCAUGCAUUCGAAAUCGUUUCAUCCUUCGUCCAUCAUUGCCCAUUCAGUCCUUCGUUUUCGUUUCAGUUUGCGCUCCGUUCGCAGUUCCCAACUUUCAUAUUACGUGUGCCGUUAUUGUUAUAUAACACACAUGCAUAUACUCGAAACAUACACAGUUUUUUGUCGUCGCGAUAUUAGUGGGUAUUAAUAAAUUAAAUUAAAUUUAAUUAACUACAUUUAACGCAACUAAAUUCAAUUCAAGUGAAUCAAAUGAAUCGAUCGAUAAUACAUGUAUGUAUAUGAUAGAGUUCAAUAGCUGUGUAAGAAUCGGAAUCGUAACAAUUUAGUAUGCAAAAAUCGUAAAUCUAACUGAUUGUAUAAUUAGCGAAAAGAGAAUAACGGAUGCGAUAAGCAAAACGAUGCGACAAAUAAAAGCCGGCAAAAACU